CAACCACACGAAGAAGAAGCUCCUCCGCGGCAGAUCUGACCGGCCGACCGAACUAGUUUUCAGGCGAACAGGAGCACCAGGGCAGCCCGGUACAUUGUAACUCCGCAGAAUGGGAAACCUGCUGCUCUCCUCUAGGGGUGAUAUAUGCCCGUCUGAUCACGUCAACGGAGGAAAGUUUGUUGCCAGGAGGAUCAGCAAGGGCAUAACUUAUUAUUUCGCUCCACUCUCGGGGGCAGAGGAACAGGCAUUAUCUGCUGCCAAAGAAUCUCAAUUGCAUACUGCACUCUGCCCUAUUUCUACCCCAUCACCCUCAGCUCAGCUCCUCAGUGACCCCUCCCCCGCAGACUCCUCCUCCUCCUCUCCAUUGCUCUCAGAUUCUCCUUCACACACAUCUGCCUCCUCCCAAAACCACUCACAAUCUGAAUCCACUGCCCGGCCCCUUCUUGUUUUCUUCUCCUGGCUCGGUGCCCGGAAAGUGGCAGUGGCCAAGUACCGGGACCUUUACCUGGACCGGGGCCUGGAUGUCCUGCUGGUCCAGAGCAGUGUGAUGCACUUCCUGUGGCCUCGGUGGGGGCUAGACUACGGGAUGGAGGUUUUGAAGGUUCUGGAGGAGCCUCAGUUUGCAGGGAGAGCGGUGCUGGUCCAUGCCUCCUCCAUCGGGGGCUACACUUUCACACAGACACUCACCCACAUUGCUAAGGGAAAGGAAAAACAUGCAGGCCUGGCCAAGAGGGUGAUAGGACACAUCUAUGACAGCCUGGUGGUUGGGAGUCUGGAGCAUAUGGCGAUAGGCCUCGGCAAGACUCUCGUGCCGCGUUUAGAGAGCUUUGUCAAAAACAUCGCUAUGCUUUACUUCUGGCUCUUCAAAACCCACACAGCAGACCUCUACAACAAAAGCAUCCAAGUUUUCCAAGACAUCCCGAUUACUGCGCCAGCACUUUUCUUCUUCAGUGAAAACGACGCCCUGUGCAACUCGGCUGACAUGGAAACGUUAAUGGACCGAUGGAAGAGGAGGGGUAUGACUGUGGAGAGCAGGAAGUGGAAGGAGUCCAAACAUGCAGCCCACUUGCGAUGCCACCGAGAAGACUACCUGUUCACACUGGAGAAAUUCUUGAACUUGCUGCCUAUUUCCUCCUUCAAGGCACAAAUGUAAACUGCUUUUUAUGAAUUCAAAGACAAUGCUCUUUGAUCCUUGUAUCUUGCAGCUGUAGCAUGAUUUAAUAGUAUAACUUAACAGAUCAUUUUGACUCCUUGUAAAGCAUUCUGUAUUGUUUAGUUUAGAUUUCAUUUAAGGAUAUAUUUAAAUUGAUAUGCACUAUUUAACUAUUGAUUGAGUAGCCUUUUGUCAUGAGAUGCUUGCUUUGCACAAGAAGUGUUCUUUAACGACCUGUGUUUGCACAUUGAUAUCAGAGACCAGGUUUUUGCACAAAAUGUAAGAUAAUAUUUAGAAAUAAAGUUAAAAUGUGCAUUGCAUUGUUCCUAA